AUACCGAGUCCUACCGACCGGCCGCCAUUUUGAAGCCAGCGGCGGUGACCGGAUCCUCGCGGCUGGAGGCGGCGGCGGCGGCGGCUGCUGCUGGGCAGUGGGAGGAGAAGCCGGCAGACGGAGCCCCAAGUGUUGGGCUUGCUCGAACGCCUUAAAACUUUCUUCGCGCUCCGUCUGUCCGGCCCGUCUGAACCCACUUCGCCGGGAUGAGUAACUCGGAGAACAGGACCGACGGCAUCGAGCCCAAGAAGGAGGGCGGCAGCGUGCUCAACAGGAUGAAGAGCAGGAAAAACCCGGAGCCCGAGGGCCUGACCCCCAUCACCGAGGCCGAGCUGCUGCAGCAGGACUCCAUCAACCCUCUCGAUGUGCUGUGUCUGCAGAGCGCCACCGAGACUUACCUGUGCAGACCUGAAGACAACAUUUACAACAUCGACUUUACACGAUUUAAAAUUCGAGACAUGGAAUCUGGCACUGUUCUGUUUGAGAUUGCCAAACCACCAGCCUCAGAGCAAGAAGAUGACACUGAUGAUGAGAAUGGCGAAAUAGAUACCAGCUCAGGACGUUUUGUUCGUUAUCAGUUCACUCCUGCCUUUUUGAGACUGAGAACAGUUGGUGCAACGGUAGAAUUUACAGUUGGAGACAAGCCUAUAAACAACUUCAGGAUGAUUGAAAGACAUUACUUCAGGGAGCAGUUGCUGAAAAGCUUCGAUUUUGACUUUGGGUUUUGUAUUCCGAACAGCAGAAAUACUUGCGAGCAUAUAUAUGAAUUCCCACAACUUUCUGAAGACGUCAUUCAGGAGAUGGUGGAUAAUCCAUAUGACACACGGUCUGACAGUUUUUACUUUGUGGACAGCAAGCUGAUCAUGCACAACAAGGCAGAUUACGCAUAUAAUGGAGGACAGUAGUGGAACAGUUUAAAGAGAAUAUGUUUCAACAUUGAUUCAGCUCAUUCAGGCUAAGCCUUCAUUGAUGAUGAAGAGAGUGGCUUUUGGCUGUGAAUUAUCUUUUAUCAUUUCUAUGUAUUCUGCACUAGAGGAGAAAAGUUCAGUAAUGCUUACUAAUGGUCGAAUUGAUUGAGAUGGAGUUUGAAAUUUCACCCACAUACUUAUAUGUAAAAUGAAUGCCUAGCUAUGAUGAAAGAUUCCUUAUAAUGAAAGGACCGAUUUGUAUUUAUAGUAGAAUAUUCACUGUGUGUUAACAUGGCCUUGCACUAUGUUUAGGAAUGGAUGGAAGACACUAGAGGUAAUUUAGUUAAAGGACCAAAUCAUUCCCAUUUAUGCAAAAAUAAUUAGUGCACCUAGCUAACCUUCUUUCUGUUAAAAUGUGCAUUAAAAAUAUCCAUUCACUUGGUGACCACAGUGCAGGACUUCACAUAUUAAAUGGAGCAAUAUCCAAGACUUAACUUGAAAAUAUACAAAGAAUGUUACGUUUUUAUCAAUAGCUACAGCUUAUUAAGUCUUAAAAAAUUAGAUGCAAAGAUUUUUAAAAAGGAAUGGAAGUUGUUCUUAAGAAAUGGUAAUGCUUGCUUCCACAUCAUCCAUAACACAUCAGGCUAAAGUUAUUAAAUAUGAUUCCUUUUUGACAUUAAUUGGUAGUUGUGACUGACAAAAUAAGCACAUCCUUUAAAACUAUUAUGGUGCCUCGUUUGAGAGCAGUUUAGUUUUUUUGGCUUUGAAUACCCUUUUAUAUAGAAAUUAUUGUAAACCUGCAAAGGUUCUUUCGUUCAUUUAGUUGCUCCGUGUUCUCCAUCUGUUACUGAUCUUUGUCCAACAAAAUGUUUAGUAUUUCCAAAGUUGUAAUUAUUUGAAAGUAGACCCCUCAAUCCAAAGACUACCUUCCAUGUUCUGUAUCAGAAACUGAAUGGUUAAAUACUUAAUAAAUGCAUUUAUUUCCUUUUUAACUUGCAAAAUUCUCCUGUCAAGUUUUGAGAUGAUGCAUCAUUGCUCAAAUGCCAGAAGCAUUGGACACAAGGGACAUGAUCUGCCAAAAAAGAUCAGAAUCUGUCAAAAUUUACAUUUUGUUUUGAGCUAUAGCUUGAAUGUGACUGAUACCAUUAUAAUUGUAUUGACAUGACAUGAAUGUAAGUAAGUGAUUACAGAAGAAUAUAAUUGCCUUCUUUAUGUUCCAAGGCACUUCUAGUUGAAACUGAAAUAUUUUCAGAUUCCUCAAACUGUGGCUGCUUUCAAUUCUGAGAAAUGUAAAGGCAACCCGAAGCACACCUGGUAAAGCCUUAGUCACUAUUUUUGGUAUUCCCAAUUCUAAAUCUCUAACAUUUUUUUUUAGUUUGAUAUAACAGUUCUUAAAGCAUGACUUUGAUUACUGCUCAGUCUCUAUGGGUUGUAGUGAAAAGCAACAUGAGUUCUAAACUUGUGGAUUUUCAGAACAGCUGGCAAAUGCAUUGGUACUUCUGCUAAUGGUUCUGAUUUCAAAGUUCAGAACACAAAUGUCAGAAACAUUGUGCUUACAAUUAAAUCCAUGUAAUGACAUUCUGAACACAGUCUGAAAUCUCCUUUGUAUAAUUAUAGACCAGAAAGAGGUUGCUUUAGAGAAAUCUGAAUGCCCGUUAAGUCAAAGAAAUGCUAGCAUUAGCCAUAAUGUUGGAUUGUUUGUAUUUAGUUUGUCUUGCCGAUUUUUAUAAAUUUGGAUAUUAUGGUCAAGUGUUGGCAACAGAGAGGUUGGUGAGCCUUUUAAUGAGGCUAUUUGGCGCUUAGCAGAUUUUUCUGAAAGAAAAGCCUUUAAGCAUGUUAACAGUGUGAUACUGUUCCCAUUGUCUUCAGUCCGUUCAUAUUUUUCAUUAUGUAUUGUUUUUAAUUUGACAAUCUUGUCAUUAAGUCAUUAAUUUGUCAAGUUAUUAAUGGGAUGUAGCAACAGUACUCAUUUCUUGCUAACGUUAAAAAAGUGAAUACUGAUGAUACAGGACAUACUGAUUUUAAAACUGAAUGUUGGCAUUAAUGGUCAGAAAAAUGUAAUAACUUAGAGAUGUAUUGUCAUAUUUUCUGUUAGUUUCAAACUGUUUGACAUUUCUAGUAGCACAGUGAUUCCAUCAGUAUAUUCUCAAGAGAAAAACAGAUCAGGACUUCUCAUAGAUAUUGUCUAUUUUAAAAAGAUGUCGGUGAAUUUUGAUUAGUACUUUGGAAAUUUACUUUGAUCUAUUAGGAUUGGGGCUUCACUGACAUUGCUAAAGAAUUAAAUAAAUUUAUAGUAGCCUUCAAAAUUUAUUCUUCCGAAUUCCAAUGUUCAACACUCUUCAUCCUGAUUUCUUGUCCAUCCACCUGAAAAUUGGACAACCUAGCAAGAACUGCAGAAAAGGAAAUCAAAAAGCAAGUCUCGAAUGUAAAUUGUCGAUUUGAGUUUUCCAUGGAAAUGAGAGAAAAGGUUUUAGUAGUCAGUAGAAUGGUAUGAAAGCUGAAGUUUACCAAUCAGUAUAAACAAAGAUGCCUCGUGUUUUUUUUGAAUCAUGGAGAGGGUUAUUGAAUAAAGUUUUUGUUUUUUUUUAAAGAGAUAAAUGUAACAUCCAUUGUAAUUUACACCAGGCUGGUUUAAUUGGGUUUCAGAUCACUUGAAACACUUUGAUUACUUACAAAAUAUGUUGGUUCAUGUACAGAUUUGCUCAACUCUGGCCUCCAAGCACCAAAUAACAGUUACAGGAAGGAGCAAGUAUUUUUACAUUUGGUAGUAGAAACUAGGAGCUAACUUUGGUCUUUGACUUGACAAGAAGACAGAAGUCACUGAAAAUAUAUCUCAUGUAACUUAACUAGGGCGUUGACUGUAAACUGGUAUUGUUUUGCAGUUUGGUACCUUUUUAUAUUUUAACUGUCUACUUCUGAUUUCUCUCCCACCUUUGACAAUGAAAUCUAUAAGCACUGAAUCUAUAUUAGAUCCAUUACUUGACAAUUCUCAGAGUCGGAAUGGCGCAUCCAUAUACGUUAGUUAUGUUUGUUUGAUAGCCUGCUUUAUUUAAUAAGACCCACAAUGUUGUAAUGUUUGAUUUUUUUUUUCUUCCCACACCCCCAUAUCUACUUUCAUUCAAUUGCUAAUGGAAUUAUUUGUGCACAACUGAAGCAAGUACAAUCCUGUAUACCUAUUUGCUAAGCUCCAAACUUGCAUGGAAAUGCAGUUGACAAUGUCUGCCUUCUCUUUGUUUUCAGAUUUGCAUUAAUUUAAUUGAAACUGUGUCUGAUAAGACUUCCUAGGGGAGUGACUCUUAAUCUUACUUCAUUUUGUAGUCUGUUUCACAGCCAAUUUACCCUCCAAGUUUAAAGUUAGUGAGAAGUGGUUCAGAAUGUACAAUGUUAAACUAGCAGAGAGAGAGAGAGAGGGAUUCCCAUGUAAGUUCCAUCAUCUGCUCCGACAAGUUUUUGACCAAUAAUUUAUUUUAACUUCGUCUUAUGUGGAAAGUAAGAUAUGCUGUUAAGCCUGAAAAUUGAUAAUAUCUGCCAAUAAAAAGAUGUGGGUUAAUGCCAUUCGAUACUUUUCCUUUAUUCUCAACUUGAUUUAUGAAAGAUUCCUCUCAAGGUCUUGUUUUAAUGUUGUCUUUUAUAGUAUAUUUUGAGACGCAUAGUUAUGCAUUCAGAGCUCUUGUUUUUAGGAGUAGCCAUAUGUCCAACGGCGUGUGCUAAGAACGGGAUAAAAAUCUGAACUGUGUUUAGAAACUUUCUCAGCCAUUCCUACAACGAAAGUGCAUCUUGCGGUGCAUACUUAUUGCCAUAAGCUGAAUGAUGUUUGUGUUGCCAGCUUUUCCAAAAAAGGCUUUUUAAAAAAAAAAUCUGACUUGAAAGAGUUCACUAAAGUUAUGGUCACUUAUCCCAAUAUGAAAAUCCAUUUAAAGCCAAGAUAUAGGACAGCAACUCAUGUUGAAUAAUCUUAAAUGAAAGCUUAAGGAUCAUGAGUUAAGAUGCAUGAAUGUGUUUGUGUUAGCACAUCACAAUUUCCUAGCAAGAUUUCCGCAUACAAUACCGUUCAAAUCUGUUUAGCUGCUUUCUCUGCUUUACCCUGGAUUUGCUUGUAUUUGUACAAUCCAAGGCAUCAUUGCGGUACCUUUUUUGUCUUCAGGUCAACAUUGCAUGUGAAAAUUGAGCACUGUACAUGCAUUUUCUUUGCAGGGUACCAUAGAUACCAGGUUUUCUCAAGCACUCAAAUAAAAACAGCUUAUGGCUUUCUUUGGCACCCAAAAGCAGUGUAAAUCUUUUAUUUUGAAGAAAGAUGAAAAAUGUGUUAGAGCUGCUUGUAAUCUAUUUGGCCCUUGAUGAUCUUGAAGAUGGAGAUGUUUUCUAACUCCCUUGUGAACUAAUUUGUAUUAGUCACUUCUGAAACCUUUGAAAUGUUUCUAAAUUAGAGGCUGAAAUUUCUUGAAUUAUUUUUACUAGCUUAAGAAAAUUGAGAAAUUUAUAUAUUUUAGGAAGGAACUCAUAAGCAGAUAGGUUAGUUGAAAAAAGGAAGCAAAAAUGUGAACCUAGUUUUGUCUAUUUCCCCAGUACUAAGAAUUUUAUCAUAUUCAUUAGAAUCUGAGUUUUCGGUCGAUAUGUGGUUUUCUUAGAAUAUAUUAGUUGUUUCUUUGGAACUUAGUGCAGGCAGAAUGCAGAUUUCUGCAGACACGUUCACAUAAGUUUCCCUAUUUUGCUGUUUUCCAGAUGGAUUAACCAUGCAUUAAUGCAAAAUGGGUAAUUGACUAAAAAUGAAAGUCUUGCCUGAUUGAGGGAGAAAGUACCAAAGCGAUCAAAUUAUUUCCUUGCAGGCUUGAGGAAAGGAAACUGGUUAUCUGCCCUGUAGUCAUACAGGCAACAUAUCCAGUGCACUGACUUUCGACCAUUGACUCUUAGGAGGAUGAGUUGGCCUCCAUUAAUUGUAUUUUCCACUAUCUUCACUUCUAGAACACAUUGGUGAUUAGAGCAAAAUAAAAAGAAGUGACACUCUGUUAAGUAUUGUAAUUUAUGUUCUGACAGCCAGUGAUUAAUCACAAACAGCCAAUUGGAUUGCCUAAGUAAAGUGUAAGUAUGUAUAGUUCUUACAAUAGUUGUAAGCUAUGGCUCUGAUUGAAUAGUGGUGAAAUGUAAUGUGCCUGACAUGUUGCCGUUUCUGUAGAUUAGAGCAUCCCAUUGUAAUAAUCUUUGCUUUCCUGUUCCCUGGCAUAUACUAAUGAAAUUUGGGCAUGGUCUAAUAAUUCAAAUGGGAACAACCAACUAGUACUUAAUUUACUGUUACUGCGUUCUGAGAAUGGAAAACUGUAUGCAAUUUAACUCUCAUUCAUGUGAAUUCUUUGCUCUGAAAUUUGAGACUUUCGAAAGAUAAGUAUAGUUGUAAGAAAGAAAAUUAUUGAAAAUAUUUCUAAAAAUACCACAGAAAAAUGAAUUUUGAAUAAGCUUCAGUUCCUAGAAGUGCUUGGUAAUGCACACAGAAUAAUGCAGUUCAAAAUUUUCAUGGUGGUCAUGGUGCAACAAUUCUUAUAAUUGCACUUUGCUAUCCAUCAUGUAAUCUCAUCCAUAAUAUUUUCAAUGUUUCAGGUAUAUCUUGCACUUUUUUAAAAGGAAAAAUGUUUCUCUGUUUCCUUAUCCUUGGUCCAUUCCAUGUUAGUAGCACAUGAAUAGAUGAGAAAUUCUUUUUGGGAUAUUUUUAUGAAGGGUGAUAAAUGUUGCUGAGUAAAUCUUAUAUUUUUGAACUUGAUAAUUUGUUUAAUAUUUUCACAGGAAACAUAAGAUGCAUAAAUUCAUAUUUGUGACUUGAUGCUUUGCAAUUGCAUUAGAACAUUAAACUGUAUUUUGUAACACCCUGUCUUUAAUUUUUCACGUCUUAGUGAUAGAUGGCUUGUUUGUAUGAAAUGUUAUUUUGUCACAGAAGAAUAGUAAUAAAGAUUUUUGAUUUUCAA